AUGUCAAAAGCACGUCAACCUACUGCAGAUGAAUGUGUGGAAAAAGGUCGAGAAUAUUUUAAAAGCUUAGGAAUAACAGAUGAACAACUUGGAGAACAUGUUUCUUCGUUGCUCAAACUUGCCGGUGAUAAAGAAAUCAGAAAGCAGCCACAAGCUCCAUCGGAAGAGAAUGCUCUUAAGAUGAGGUGGCUUAAAGAACGAAAUCUUAAUUUAAAUCCCGAUAAUUGUGAUAUGAAAGAAAAACUGAAAUGGAUCGAUGCUAAAUAA